AUGUUACACGAGAAACUUGAAGAAUAUAACAGUGCCUUUGAAAAAAUCAUGGAAGAACUUGAAGAGCCUGAAAAGCCUGAAGAUCCAAAAAGUUCUGCCCCGUCAACAACAGACGAAACCCCCAAAAAAAGUAGAGGGCAAUAUCAAAAGCAUACGGAUAAAGAUAUAAAAAAGCUUCUUUAUCUCUACUUCAUAAGGGGAUUAACUAUCGAAAAAGCCAGAAAGAUAUUAUAUAAAAAAAAUUUGUCAUGUACCCUUCCACCAAUAGUAAAAGGGUGGGAGCAAAUUCAGAUGGCAAUGGGAGCAAAUUCAGUUAGCAAUGGAUGCAAAUUCAAUUUUUAUGGAAGCCAAUCAGAUGUCAAUGGGUUUUAA